AUGGUCUCACUGCUCUUCAUGCGGCAUGUAUAGAUGACAAUCUGGAUAUGGUGGAGUUCCUGGUAGAGCAGGGGACAGAUGUCAACAAAGGGGAUAUGGAAGGUUGGACACCACUCCAUGCCACUGCUUCUUGUGGUUUUAACAGUAUAGCAAAGUUCCUAAUAGAUCGGGGAGCUGAUCUCUCCUUAGUUAACAAUGAUGGUGACCUAGCCAUUGAUAUAGCAGAUUCAGAUGAAAUGGAAAGUUUAUUACAAAGAGAAAUAGAAGCUAAAGGUAUUGAUUGUGAGUCGUGUCGAAAUGAAGAGGAGCGGCGUAUGUUAGAAGAUGCUCAGAUGUGGCUUAGUAGUGGUUACUUAGCAGACAGACCUCAUCCAAAGACUGGAGCUGUAGCUUUACAUGUGGCGGCUGCAAAAGGCUACAUCAAAGUUAUGAAUUUGUUGUUAGAAGCUGGUGCCGAAAUUAAUGUACAAGAUCUAGACGGUUGGACCCCACUCCAUGCAGCCGCACAUUGGGGGCAACGGGAAGCUGUCGAAAUUUUGUGUGAAAAUAUGGCUGAUAUGGAUAUUCGAAAUUUUGUGGGUCAGAGUGCAUUUGAUGUUGCAGAUAGUAGUUUAUUACGAUUAAUGGAUGAACUUAAGAGAAAACAGGCGGCUCAAAAAUUAGUAACUCCGAAUAAACCAAUUCACAAAAAACGCAAAACCUCACCCCACCCAGAUCACAGCAACAAGAAAGAACGAGAGGAUCAGCAUGAAUCAGAUGGUACGUCUGGUGAUGAAUCUUCAUCAGAUGUGGAUGAGGAAAGUAGUGAAGAAACCACCAGUAGUGACAAUAGUGAUUCAUCAGAGUCAGAUAGUGAAGAGGAGGAGGGGGAGGAGAAAGAUUUGGAGGAGCUUAAGAAUGUUUUGGGUAGAUACACUCGUGCACUUAGUCCUCUGAAAUACCUAGUUGAGAAGAAGAACAAGGUCAAUAAGGAGAAUACCACCCCACAGAUCAUUCCGACCAAUGCAGUAUCAGACAAGAGCAACGCCCGAACACUUCCACAAGCUCGAGCAGAGAACAAUAUGGAUGAAUCUGAAGUUCAGUCUUGGAGAAGACCCUCAUCUCUUAGAAAAACAAUCCAAGAAGACAAAAACCAAAAAGAGGAGGUAUCUCGAACUAUACCAACUCCAGCACGGAUAAGCAAUAAGGAAAAUGAUGACAGCACUAUUGGGAAGAGAGUCAUUCCAGCCGAGAAAGAUGAGAGCUCUCUGAGUGCCACCCGAGAGAGACUCAAGGCGCGGUCAUGCCCGGCUCUUAGUCAGUUGAAGGAGGAGGAAGGGAGGGACGGAGGAGGUGGGGUGCGGGUUUGCUCCCAACCCCUAUCCCACUCUGGGGGCAUUACCUCCUCCGGUGCCUUGUCCUCAUUCUCUCCUUUUGCAACUUCUCAGCGCCUUUCAUCCUCAGACAUUAAUCUGCCCUUGAUAAAAUCACAUCCUGAUCCACCUCUCUCCUCACUGCUACUCUCCAUACCGAAUAACCAGUCAGUAAUUACAACUCCAACGUUAGUUACUCCAGUCACAACUCUUGCAUCUUGUAAUGUUUCAUCCUCUAGUAUAUCUGCAGUCACCCCCACCUUUCCUAUAUCUACUCAUUCUGCAUCUUCAUCUACUGAGGCAAGUAAUUUAUUAACCUCACUUGCAACAGCAACCACCACUGCCAUAGCAAUACCAACAUUAACAUCUGAGACUCAAACUACAACCAUAAGUUUUCCAUCACAUAAACCUGUAGGGCGCUCUUUCUCUUCUCCUGUUUCAUCCUCUGUACCUAUUCUUUCUUGUAGCUCUUUACAUGCUUCAGUACCUCUUUCCGAACCUCCCUCCUCCUCCUUCACCGUCACCACCACCACUACCACCACCACUACCACCACAACUGCUGCCCUGGCCUCUCUCUCUACUAACCAAACUACUAACAACAAGGACCCCCGACUGCUGGCACGGUCCGCAUCCCUCAGAGAACGCAUUCAGAGGAAUCAUAUGGAUAGCAUGGAGCCACUUGUUUCGACCGGUUCAGUCCUCACAACCAACACAUCAUCUUCCACACGCUCAGUUGGCAGGUCGUUUGUGCCGCCGAGCCGUGAUGAAGAGAGUGAAACCCAGAGGAAAGCUCAUGCUAAGAUGGUACGGUCAACCCGGAGAUCAACGCAAGGAGUCACUCUUGAGGAUAUCAAAUCUGCUGAGCAACUUAUGAAGAACAAACAACAGCAGGUGCCUACAUCUAGUCCAGAGCCUAAGGAAACUUCAUCAGCCCCCACUGUGCCCACUUCCACUUCGUUAGGUUCAUCCACAACCACCCCACCCUCACCGUCAUCCAAGCCAAAGCCCGAGUCACCUACCAAAGCAGAUGAGGAAGAAAGGCGCCCAUCAUGGAGGUUGAAGGUUGAUGAUUCUGAUAAGAAUAGGUUCUCCCUUGAAAAUGUUCGAUCAAAAGACAAACCAGACGUAGAAAAUGAUACUGAAACGGUUACGGUCCAGCUGAGAAAAAAGAAUACUGAAGAUAAAGUGGAUGAAGAUAAAGAGAGUGAGCGUAACUCACAGACGAGAGAAGGUACUCAAGCUGCAAUACAGAGACGGAAAAAACCGAAGAGACGUUCUACGGGUGUAGUUAAGGUGAAUAUAGAUGAAAUAGACCCUGAGAAGAGAGCUCAGCGUUCAUCAGAACAGCAACAACAGCAGCAGCAGCAAGCAGAUGAAGGGAGUGAAGAGGAAGAGGGUGAUGACAAAUUGUCCGUGAAUGAACGUGGAGAGACAGCAAAAGGUUCUACCACUUCUUUGGGAUCGGCCAUCAACAGUCGACCAUCUUCUCGGUCAUCAUCUGUUGGGCCUGAAAAUGGUGACAUUGAUUACAAAAAACUAUAUGAAGAGCAGUUGGAAGAGAAUUUCAGAGUUCAUGAGCGCCUAAGAGGUACAGAGAAUGAACUACGGCAAGCCAGAGAAACUAUCGAUCUCAACAACAAAAAGUGUAACACACGCCUCGCAAUGGCUGAAGCAGAUAAACGGGAAAAACGAGCCUUGGAGCGUAAACUUUCAGAAAUGGAAGAGGAAUUAAAGUUAUUGGAACAGUUGAAGCAAGAAAAUCAACGGUUGAAAGAUGAAAAUGGGGCACUCAUCCGUGUAAUCAGCAAGCUCUCAAAAUAGUGAAAAACCUUCAGCUUCUGAUUAUGUGGCUACUGUUGUCACAGAUGUUGUGGAUAUCAGUUUAGGAACCCACAACUUAAUCCAGUCAUUACAGUAUAUGCUUCAUGGAAAUCCUGUGAGUGAUUCAAGGGAGAUCUGCACCUUUUAAGUCGCAAUAAGCUCUUUGAAAUUUGUAUUAGUUAUUAAAGCUGGCUCACUGCCCUUGCCAUAUUCUAGGUCCUGUUAUGGUGACCAUGCUUUAUUUUUCUAUCUUGAGUAUAUUGCCUAAAUAACUUGUCUAUGUAGGCUCAGUAUGUGUGGUGUAGGUGCUUAUACUUUGCCUCACAAAUUGGUUGAAUUAAGUGUUAUAUGGUGAAAUGUAAAUCUGCCAGUUGUCUCCCCUAAAUGGUAAUGUAUGCCAAGUACUUAAUCAGUAGAGUAAAAUAAUACAAAUGAUGCUUAAUAUCCAGUACACUAAUAGGAGAAUCUGUCUUGUGGAAGGAGGCGCAGAUUAAAUCAGUUUCACUAUAUAAUAGUUGCUCUUGAAGGCAGUAAUACCCAGAGAUUUUGGUAUAUUCAUUAGUUUGUGCUUUGUGGAUGCUGGCUGAUGAACUAUUUGCUUGAAUAUCUCAUUUGCAGGCUCAGGCAUGUGAGAAUUCUAGUAACAUGUUCAUCUUUGAGCCAGUGAGAAAUUCACUGAAGCAUAUUUCCUAUUAUCUAUCUCUAGUGAAAUAAAAUUAAAGACUCAUACUCACUGAUUGUCAAAGACAAUCUUUCUAUUCUUUUUAUACUUAAGGAGCAGUAUCCCAGUAUACUAAGACAAAGUUUCAAGUCUGAAUUGUGGGAAAGAUCCCAAUGACACUCACUCGGCCAGUGGCUACACAUGUCCCCAAAGCCAAGUAAAACAAAAAAUUCAUGUAUAUUUGUGUGUUUUUUGCUCCUGUAUCUAAGCUUUGCAUUGUUCAUAAACUUCAUGUCCUCUUAUUGUAAUUACAAAUAUAGUAUUGUUGGAGCAUAUUACCAGCCAUUGAUUGGCUUAAUGAACCUCUACUGUCCAAGACCCAACUCAUCAGUGGCCCAGGCCAGUUCUGCUUUUGUUCAUUCAGUAUUGCUUGUACAGUAUCCAUGCUGGAUGCGUGGAGAAGACACUGUACAUUAUAUGGUGUUGAAGAAUUGUAAUCAUCUACUUUGUUGAAUUGCAGGUGUAUAUAGAAUUUGCACUCCUUGCUGAACUCAACAUUGAAUUUAUAAAUUAUAAAACUAAAGCAUAAAUUAUGCUACUAAUAGUUAUAAUUCCUUAAUGGUUCACUAAAAGCAACCUUAAAUGCGCAGAAAUAAAUUAGUUUUUUUUAAUGGAAUUUCGUGUAUACAAAAUGUAACUGCCAAAGGCAAGCAUAUUUAAUUAAUAAUAUCAGACUCAAUUAGGCUCAUGAUAGUGUUAACCAGCAGCCUUGAGGUAGUCACUUUCUCAAGCAUUUUAAGAUAUAUUUGUUCAUGUGCUACAUUAAAUUCUAAUUGUGUAUAUUGGGGUGGACACUUCUCAUUCUGUAAUAUUAUAGACCAAAGUUGUGUUAACAUAUAUACUAUGAAUAAUUUUACAAAGUUACAAAAUAUCUGUACUCUAAUUGAUUCUCAGUCUACACUUCAGUUAACAUUUGUGCAUAGCUGCCUGGUAAAACCAGAUGAACCUGUCUUAAUCAACUUUGUCAAGGUUCAUAGGGAAGUAUUUGACUCUAGGAAUUCUAAAUGCUUUUUCUUGUGUUAAGUCUUGUAUGUUUUUUUUUUUUAGUGUUUUGUCCAGCAGAUCACAGUGGGUCAGAUUUAAACCUGUAUAGGAAACUUUGUUUUUAUGUGAUUUGAAACUAUUGUAUAUUAAGAACAAUUGUUAUAUGUUAUACAUAGAGUAAUGAACAUAUACAUAUUAUACACAGAGUAAUAAACAUCAUACAUGUUGCAAUAUUAAUGGAGUGCAAAUAAGUGUAAUCACCAUUAGGUGAAUGUUCCUCAAUGGUUAUUGCAAAAAUGUAUGGAAAUAGUGAUUGGUAAUUGUUAAAUACAUAUACAUAUAUUGAGACUUGGCCAUUCAAGGUGUAUUAAGAAUGUAGAAUGUAACCUAAGCAACAAUUCUUCAGGAGGAAAACUUUCCUUGUAUUAAUACAUUAUUACCUACCAUUUCCCAGGUGCUGCAUGACCCCUAUGGGUUUAGCGCUUCCCCAUGAAUAUAAUUAGUCAAGGAGAAAAAUUUACAUAUAAAGUGGAAUUACAAAUUUUCACAAGGACUUCCAAGGUGCUUAAUUAUUAGGUUGCAUUAUACUGUAAUUAAGUUCCACACACUGAUGAAUGAGCCUUACCUUAGUACUAUUUAGGAUACACCAUUUGGUACACUGGAGCUCUGCAUUGUGCCUUAACCACCUGGUGAUGCAUUUUACUUUUUUUUUUUUUUCCUGUAAUUGUGUUCAUUGUAAUACUUAGAUUGUACUAAGGUCAUGCAUAGUGAUCUCUUGUCAUUUUGAAGAAACUGAGCCAAAUAAUUUGGGUAACAUUGCAAAUGCUCAUCUUUUGUGACUACCCAAUGAGAUUCUGUGCCUUUGUGAAUACAUAGAAAAUGAGGUCAUUUGAUUCUGUGAAAACUUGCCUUUGUAUGCGCUGUUGUAAUCUAAAAUGUGUAAAAUAGCCUGCUGUAAACAUACCUGUUUUGUAAAGCAAAAAAACCAUAAGCCAACAAAGGUUGGUUUAUUAAAAAAAAAUUAAAAUUUUCAUGUAUGUUAAUUUUAUCACUUUGUAACUAUGCUACAGUUUUUCAAACACAUUUCAAGGAUCAGUAACCACGGAAUUGUAUCCUAGUGGGUUCAGAAUAUGAUUAUUGUAGUAGAAAUUUUUGUGGUAUAAUUAUGAAGUGAAAUUUUGUAGAAGAGCCUAGUCAAAGUCAGAUUACCUUUGUAGGCUUAAUGUUUAUCAGACAUAAGUUGCUUCAUAUAUUACUAUUAAAUAAAACACAAACACACACACCCAAAUUCAGGAGUUGUGACUCGACUCUUUCAAUCACAUAUAGGCGAGUACGCACGCACAUGCACACAUACAUACAACCCCCCUUCCCCCCAAUCCUACCUUUUCUCCUCCCCCCCUCCACACAAUAUAUAUAUAUAUACACACACACUGUAUAGUACAGAUCAUUGAAGUUAUUUCCCAGAACAUCUUUUUUCAUGACAGUGCAUAAAUUAUGUCAAGUGCCUUUCUAUUGUAAUUAUUAUCUCUGAAGAAACAGUGAUUUUAACUGCUAAGUUAUUGUUCUAUAGGUCAUGAACUAUUUGUAAGAUUAUCAUUCAAUGGUCUUGCCACAUUGUCUGUAAUUAUCUGCAAUAGAUGGUAGUCAUUUUUCUGAAAUCUUACAUAAUUAUAGCAAAUAUUUAAGAAAUAAAGAUAUUUUAUAGUUAAAA